AUCCCCUCGGCUUCUAACACUCUCUCUCUCUCUCUCUCUCUCUCCAAUGGCUUUUUCUUCGCUCUCUCUCCCAUCUUCUCUUCAUGUAGAAACCUUGUCGUCGUCAUCUUCUGCUAUUGUCAGGGGGACUCCACUCACCUUCUCAUUUGCUUCUCCGUCGGGGAAAAAUUCCCAUCUUCCAAAGCGAUUUGUUCUUUUGUCGAAGAAGAUUUCGUUCUUGGAGGAGGCCAAUAAAAUUAGAAGAGAACAUAAUCUUCGAACAUCAAAAGGCUCUAGAAGAAGGCCACCUUUGAGGCGUGGAAAGGUAUCACCACGUCUUCCUGUGCCUGAUCACAUACCAAAGCCUCCUUAUGUUGGUUCAUCUUUGUUACCAGAACUAUCUAGUGAACAUCAAAUUCAUGAUGCUGAAGGCAUUGCUCAGAUGAAGGCUGCAUGUGAGCUUGCUGCUCGGGUAUUGGACUAUGCAGGAACGUUGGUUAGGCCAUCGGUAACAACAAAUGAAAUUGAUAGAGCAGUUCACCAAAUGAUUAUUGAUGCUGGUGCUUAUCCUUCACCUCUUGGCUAUGGGGGAUUUCCCAAGAGUGUAUGCACAUCUGUGAAUGAAUGUAUGUGCCAUGGAAUACCUGAUUCUCGUCAACUGCAGGACGGCGACAUAAUAAACAUUGAUGUGACAGUCUACUUGAAUGGUUAUCAUGGGGACACAUCUAAGACUUUUCUUUGUGGCAAUGUUAGUGACUCAAUGAAACGGCUGGUCAAGGUAACUGAAGAGUGCAUGCAGAGAGGUAUUGCCAUGUGCAAAGAUGGUGCCUUGUUCCGGAAAAUUGGGAAAAGAAUUAGUGAACAUGCUGAACGUUUUGGUUAUGGUGUGGUUGAGCGUUUUGUUGGGCAUGGUGUCGGGACUAUAUUUCACUCUGAGCCAAUUAUAUACCAUCACCGUAAUGACAAGCCUGGUCACAUGGUUGAAGGUCAAACUUUUACUAUUGAACCAAUUCUUACUCUAGGCGGCACAGAGUGUAUAACCUGGGAAGAUAACUGGACGACCCUGACCGCUGAUGGCAGCCCUGCUGCCCAGUUUGAGCAUACCAUCCUUAUUACCAAGACGGGGGCUGAAAUUUUGACAAAAUACUGAACAUUGAUAAUAACUUUUUUCCCAUCUUUUUCUUUGUAGAAUUGUUUAUAGAUAAAUGAGGAUAAAGACCGGCUGCAUUUUCCUUCGCACGGCACAGUGGGAAGGAAACAUUUAUGAAUGUAUAGCCAUAGCUCCCUUGGCAUGCUGCAACUGUAAUGGGCUGUAGUAACAGAAGCCUUAAAUUGUGAACCAUUCUGUAGAACUCGCUUAGCUUUUACGUUAAAAAUGAUUUGUAUGA